CGGGCAACAACAACAACAACAACAACAAUAAUAACAAUUACAAGCAACAAAACUCGAGCCAGCGCAUCGGUUUGAGGAAACUGAAUUCCAACUCCCGCGACAUCCAAUUCGGAAGUUCCGCUGCGCAUAACCAAGUGAAUCGCCCAUUAAUUAAACAUUCUAUACAGAACAACCGCACUAUAUUCAUUAUUAUCGGAGAAACUGUGCCAAUCCUUAAACCAAGACGCGUUUAAUUAUUUAGCUUACAAAAUGACAAAUGAACGCAUAAUUUGCACAAUUUUGCGAUUUUCGCUAUUGUCGUCAGUUUUAUUGUUGACACUCGUGGAGCAGGCGAAUGCCUAUGGAUUUGGACGUUGCCCGAAGUAUCCAUCGAUGCCAAAGUUCAAUAUGAGUCGAGUGCUGGGCCACUGGUUCGAGGUGGAGCGCUCAUUUUAUUUGCCCGAAAUUGCCUCGGGCUGCACCACCUUUGAGUUCCAGCCCUACAGCAAGGCGGAGCUCUCGAAGUUCAACAAUUUUAAGCUCGAGGUGGCCAUUAAAACGGUCAAUCGCAUCACUGGUAAUCCGAAUGUUAAUCUGGGCUAUGCCACGCCGGAGAACAGCAAAUCCUCCAUCAUGGACUUUAAGUUCAACACGCGCUUUCCGGAGGUGAUUGCCCGUCUAUUGCCCGGCUCGGGCAAAUACCAGGUGCUCUAUACGGACUACGAUAACUAUGCCAUAUUGUGGUCUUGCGGCAGCAUCGGCUCCCUCGGCUAUGCCGAUCAAAUCUGGAUACUGGGACGCGACACGGACUUUGUUGUGGAGAUUCGCGAGAAAAUCUACGAUGUGCUCAAGCGACUGUCCCUCGAUCCGGAGCGACUGGUGAUCAGCAAAAACACCAACUGCCCCAAACUGCACUGAUUCAACGCCUUUCUAUAUAUAUUUAUAUAUAUAUAUAACUGAUUGUUUAAGUAUCAUAUAUUGAAUCUAUUGUAUAGAUUUUAGGCCUUAGGUUGCUGUGAUAUCGCAAAGUAGAGCUCUGUUUUGCUUUGCGAAACAAAUAUAAAUAUGCGAAAUUUAA